AUGUGUUCAAAAGGAAAAAAUUUAUUUGAUAAGGACAGUGAUGAUGAUAUCGGAAGGAAGAGGAAGCGCUUGAAAAAGGUUUCAAGUAAUUUAUUUGAUAACGAAGAGGAUGAUGACGAUGAUUUUUUUGAUAAUGAAGGAAAAGAUAAAUCUCUAAGCAAAAGUGUUGUUGAAAUUAAUGAUGAUGAUGAGGUGGAGGAAGGUAAUAAAAAUAUACUAGAGAAAAAAUCGCUUAAUAAAAAGGCAUCGAACAAACCUGUAUAUUAUGAUAUUACUUCAUAUUUUAAACCUAGCUCUAAAAAAAUAGAUGUUAAUAGUAAUAAUAAUAGUAAUAAUAAUAAUAAUAAUAAUAGUAACAAUAGUAAUAGUAACAAUAGUAAUAGUAACAAUAGUAAUAGAAACAAUAGUAAUAGUAACAAUAGUAAUAGUAACAAUAGGAAUAGUAACAAUAGGAAUAGUAACAAUAGUAAUAGUAACAAUAGGAACAAUAAUUAUAGUAGUAAUCGUAAUAACAGUGUAAUGAUAAAAAGCAGCUCAAAUAAUAGCAGUAAAAUUCCUGUGAAAAAUGUGAGUGAAUAUUUUGAUUUAUUAGAAAAAGACCAAAAAAAUGUAAAAGGAGAAAAUGCAAAGCCUAACCUAAAAAGAGAAAGAGGACAAGAAGGAGAACAAGAUGUUGAUAUUAUUGAGGAAGAAAGAUAUAAAAAAAAACUCACUUCUUUUGGAAAAAAUAAAACAAAGAUGGAAAAUAAUGACACAACACAAAAGUUUGACUAUUUACCAUUCAAUAAUCUAAAAUUUGUACUAACAGGAGUAUUCAAGAAUUUUUCAAGAGAUGAUUUACAAUCAAAGAUUAAAGAACAUGGUGGUAGUGUAAUGUCAGCUGUGUCAUCAAAAACUCAUUAUUUAAUUCAUGGUGAAUAUUUGGAAGAUGGAAGACUAUACAAUGAAGGGAGGAAAUAUUUAAAAGCAUUUGAAUUACAACAAAAAAGUAAUUCUAUCAUUAAAAUAUUAAAUGAGGAACAGCUUUUGGAAUUACUCCCAGAAGGGAAAAGUCAUCCACAAUAUGAAGAGCAGUAUGGUACACACAAUGGUGAUGCAAAUAAGGAAAAUUCAGAUAAAUCAGAAUAUCAAGAUUUUGUAAAAAAACAACAGAGCGAUUAUUCAACAAAUUAUAAAAGCGCUAGUGACAACUACAGUAGCAGCAACAUGCUCGAUAAGGAAAGUAGAAAAGACAAACAUGAUAAUGGCCUAGGAAACUACAACAAUGAAGUGGAUGAAAGGAAUAAAUUAAGCAAUAACAAAGUGCUCAAUCAACUUUGGGUUGAAAAAUAUAGACCCAAAAAUAUUAAUGAAUUAGUUGGUAAUAAUCAAAAUGUUCUAAAAUUAAAAAAUUGGCUAGCCAGUUGGGAAGAUGUAUGUAUAAGGGGAAUGAAAAAACAAGUAACUAAAACAUUUCGAGGUAUCUAUGAAAAUGUAAAUGCACGUUGUGCUUUACUAAGUGGUGCUGCAGGUAUUGGAAAAACAACGACUGCAAAGAUUAUAUCAGAAGCUUCAGGAUACAAUGUAAUCGAAUUUAAUGCUUCAGAUGAACGAAAUAAAGCAGCAAUUGAAAAAAUUAGUGAAAUGGCAACUGGAGGAUAUUCUAUAGCUUCGUUAAAAAGUCGUAAGUUAUCAAAAACUUGUAUUAUAAUGGACGAAGUAGAUGGUAUGUCAAGUGGUGAUAAAGGUGGGAGUGCAGCAAUUUUAAAAUUAAUAGAAAAAACAAAAUGUCCUAUUAUAUGUAUAUGUAAUGAUAGGCAAAAUAGUAAAAUGAGAACAUUAGCUAAUAAAUGUUAUGAUUUAAAAUUUACUGUACCAAAUAAAAAUGCUGUUGUUAAAAGACUUUUAGAAAUAUGUAAGAAAGAAAAUAUUAUGAUGGAACCUAAUGCCUUGGAAUUAUUAUGGGAAACUACCGUAGGAGAUAUGAGACAAAUGUUAAACACACUGCAACUGUUAUCAAAAACAUAUAAGAGGAUACAAUUUUUAGAUUUAAAAAAAGAAUUAAAUAAUUCUAAUAAAAAUGUACAGUCUUUAGCUAACCCUUUUGAAAUAACUCUCAAACUUUUAAAUUUUCAUGAAUCAUCAAAACUUAAGGUAAGAGAAAUUAUGGAUCUAUUUUUUGUCGAUUAUGAGUUAAUUCCUUAUUUUAUAAGUGAAAAUUAUACAAAUGUUUUUAAUGAUAAUGAUAAAUCACCUAACUCAAUAAAUAAAUGGAAUGCUUUUGCUCAAAUAUCAUAUGAUUUAGCACUAGCUGACAAAAUAAAAUAUAAUAUGAAAACAACUAUGGACUUUUCUUUAUUACCACAUUUUUCUAUUUUAUCUUGUGUGUGUCCAGUUAUGCGCAUUAAAUUACUCAAAUUAUUUAUGUCAGGAAGAAUUAAUUUUCCUUCAGCUUUUGGAAAAAUUUCUACAUUUAAUAAAAAUAAAAGAUUAUUAAAUGAGUUAUGUUUUAAUAUAUCCUAUAAACUUAAUGUAUGUCCUAAAUAUAUGGUAACUUCUGGAUUUUUAAGUUAUAUUUAUUUUAAAAUUAUGACACCUUUACUUAAAAAUAAUAUAAAUGAAGCCAUUGAGUUAAUGGAAGAAUAUAAUAUUACUAGAGAAAUGAUUACUGAAAUUUUACCAUCUCUAAGAUUACCUAAUCAGGAAAAUUUAUAUGAUAAACUUGAUUCAAAAGUAAAAGCUUCGUUUACUCGUUUAUAUAACUCCUCGCAUGUUAUCAAAAACGAUCCUAACUCAUUAAGGAAAGGACUCACAUCGACUGAAAAAAAAAGCACAUUUAAAAUUAACGAGUAUGAAUCUGAUGAAGACAUGGACGAACUAAGCGAAUCAAAAGAAGAUAAAGAUGACGACAUUUUGGUAAAAAGUAAAAUUGACCGAAAACCGACUAUCAAGAAUAGGUCAGCUGCAAAACCCAAGGCCCCGAGCAAGAACAUCAAGAAGAGGUGA